CUGCGUUCACAAGGGUGGUGUUUAGGGCAAUGUUUGACAGUGAAAUGAAAAAUUAGACAGAAUGUUUGUAUUGCAUAACAAAAUGGAAGAAUGAAAACUACAAAGCAUGUUUAUAUAGUAUUGCUAUGGAUACUUCAGACUUUCACAGAUCUAAGAACCACGAAUGCUGCCACGACACCAACAAGUAUCACGAAUUUAUCGUGUUAUGAUUGUAGUGAGUCGUUUAAAUAUAUCUGGGAACCUUAUACAGCAUGCCAGUAUUACCCACAGAGUACCCCGCUCCGCCCCUGUCUUGGUGUCGAGAGGUAUUGCAAGGUAGAACGUGUCACCUAUAAAUCUGUGACUGUGAGCAUCACCAGAAGUUGUACUCAACAAUGCUGGCAUGGAUGUUACGCUUCCGGGUUCGGACUUACAAAACUAAAAUGUACAUCAUGUUGCCUGGAGGCAGGGUGUAAUGUUGGGGAUGCUGCAGACAACAUAGUACCCGGAAUAUAUUUGAUAUUUGCUACUUUAUCUCUGUUUUUAAUAAUACUUUGAAAUUCCUGAAAGCUGAUGUAAUUGCAUAAUAAAAAAUAAAGUUAUAAUAAUAA